AUGUCUCCUCUGAUGGUCCUCACCCUCAUGGUGGGUUUGGCCCCCUGCUGUGCACAGUUCCCUCGGCCCUGCGCCACCCGGGAAGCUUUACGCACGAAGGAGUGCUGUCCUCCGUGGGCCGGGGACGGAUCCCCCUGUGGAGCCAGCUCGGGCCGGGGGUCCUGCGAGGACGUGGAGGUCUCCCAGCAGCCGGACGGGCCCCAGUACCCCUUCUCCGGGCUGGACGACCGGGAGAAGUGGCCCCUGGUGUUCUACAACAGGACGUGCCAGUGCGCAGGGAGCUUCAUGGGCUUCAGCUGCCAGGAAUGUAAGUUCGGCUUCUUCGGGGCGAGGUGCAAUGAGAGGAGAGAGUCUCUCCGGAGGAACGUGUUCCACUUGUCCAGGGCGGAGAGGGUCCAGCUGGUGUCCUACCUGAACCUGGCCAAGCAGACCGUCAGCAGGGACUAUGUGGUGGCCACGGGGACCUUCAUGGAGAUGGAGAACGGAUCCAACCCGCUGUUUGCUGACGUGUCCGUGUACGACGUGUUCGUGUGGAUGCAUUACUAUGUCUCCAGGGACGCGCUGCUCGGGGGACCGGGACAGGUGUGGACAGAUGUGGACUUUGCGCACUGGGCUCCGGCCUUCAUGCCCUGGCACCGGGUCUACCUGCUGCACUGGGAGCGGGAGAUCCGGAAGAUCACCGGGGAUUCGAGCUUCUCCAUCCCGUACUGGGACUGGAGGGACGCCCGGGGCUGUGAGGUGUGCACGGACGAGCUGAUGGGGGACAGGAGCCCCCAGGACCCGAGUCUCCUCAGCCCCGGAUCCGUCUUCUCUUCAUGGAAGGUCUUAUGCUCCCAACCCCAGCUCUACAACGACAGAGGCGUGUUGUGCGACGCCAAGGAUGAGGGCCCUCUGCGCCGUAACCAUGGUAACCAGAACCCCAAUUUGGUGGAGCGGUUGCCGACUUCGGCAGAGGUGGAGUUCACUCUCAGCCUGAGAGACUAUGACACCGGGGCCAUGGACCGCGGUGCCAACAUGAGCUUCAGGAACACGCUGGAAGGGUUCGGGGAUCCUCAGACCGGGAUCGGAAACAGCCGUCACAUGGGCAUGCACGCCGCCGUGCACGUGUUCAUGAACGGAACCAUGUCGUCAGUGCAGGGCUCAGCCAACGACCCCAUCUUCCUGCUCCACCACGCCUUUGUUGACAGCCUUUAUGAGCAGUGGCUCAGGAGGCACAGGCCGUCUCCUUCCCAGUACCCAGAGUCGAAUGCUCCCAUCGGGCACAACAGUGAGUACCACAUGGUGCCCUUCCUGCCCCUCCACAGAAACAGAGAUUACUUCAUUUCCAGCAAGGACCUCGGGUACGAAUACUCCCACCUGCUGGACGCCAAUCUGAGGCUGGCAGAAUCCAUGCGUCCGUUCCUGCAGGCGCUGCAGGACGUGUGGCCCUGGCUGCUGCUGGCAGGACUGUCGGGGGGGAUUGUGGCGGUGGGCGUAGCUGCUGCCGUCUUCACUGUCAGACGCAGACUCGGAGGUUCGGCCUGGCUGCACGGGGGGAAGUGGAAACACUUAUUUGCUCUCCCAGAGCGACAGCCCCUGCUCCGGGGUGACGAUAGUGAAGACGGCCACUCGAACUACCAAACAAGCAUGUGA